AUGGUGCUCCGCCUUCUAUCAGCGCUCGCAGUAGCCAUUGUCUCCCUCAUCCUUGCCCUCAUCCUCGUCGGCCGGCAUGUCGUGUUGAAGGAGCUCAACUGCGACAACACCUCUGACGACAAAGGCAAAGUUCUUGUCACGUACUGCGACGAGCCUGUCGGCAAUAAUUGGAACUGUAACUUCUACCCUUCGCGAGCACUCACCUGCGUAAAUGUCGACACCACCAAGAUAAACGGCGGCAUCACAAAAUUCUGGCCCGCUCUCGAGGUAACCUGUUGGAUCUACAAGCAGCGCGGCUGUCCUAUGGGCGGCGUUGUCAUGCGCGUUGACGCUGGUGACGACUUGCAGCUGAAGAAUAUUGGAUGGGACGAGGCCAUCCACAGCUAUUGGUGCAGCCGCUCUACGUGA